AGUAUAUUUGUUCGAACAAUGUUCUAGUUUACCGCUUGUAGCUUGAAUUUGAUACCGAUAAUUCAUGCCAGGUGGCAUUAAUUUCAUUUAUAAGUAUUCUGGGGCAAGACAGGAAGACAUAGGAACUUAUUUUUUAUAAUUGGGUCAUGUACGCUGAUGCAGCCAAUGUUAGUGAAUAAGUCCUUAUUUCAUCUCUGCAAAUUCACGCUCACUUCCCUCGUGUUUCUAUGUUAAGCGUGUUCUCAUUGGUUUGAAAAUGUGACGUCAAUGUGACGAUUGGUUCGUUUGAUAAAUAGCAGACAGUGGGGCUGAAGGAACAGAUUAGUUUUGAAUUAGGACCUAGUUACCGAAGAAUACAAGAGGCUAGCUACAACAAGACAAUGCCAUCCAUGGAUAGAAACGUCAAGUACCCUCAUUUUCACGGGAUUUUCGAAGGAAGCGUGCUACGUUAUGUAGUGAAGGUGUCCAGUUUAGUAAUGUUACUUGUUUUGUUUAUUGGCUAUCAUCCUGGUCUUGUCGAUUUUGACCCUCAGCCGUACAGUGUUAACCUACCAACUUCCUUUGAGGGCCCCCUGGAGAUUAAUGAAAAACUCAGCGAAGCGGAACACUUGUUUACUGGGAAGUUGCAGGGACCAGAAUCAAUAGCCUUCUAUAACGGUAAAGCGUAUACUGGAACAUCCGAUGGCCAAAUCCUUGAAUUUCAUGAGAACAACGUUAGCCUUGUUACUUGGACUGGCAAAAACUGUG